AUGCAUCGUAUCUAGACUUCGCAGAAUCAGUGACAUAACAGACAGUUCAAAAUAGUGUGGCACGUGCUUGAAGUGGAAAUUGUCAUACGUGUAUCUUUUAUGUUGUACCCACGCUUCUAACACUGAUGAUCGAUAUAUUACAUUACGUCUUGUUGAAUAUUUCGAAAGAAUUUAACAGCGUAUUUCAUUCUUUUUCUUACGUGAAUUAGAAUGACUAGUAAAAAAGGACACACCCUCCGAAUUGAAUCAGAAAUCGAUAAAAACCGUGAGGACGGAAAUUGGAAAAAGGUUAUAGAAUUGGCGGAACACCUGAAAGUACAGUACCCUAGUAAUGAAUGUUUAGCAAAUUUUUUAUGUGGGGAAGGAAGAUUAGAAAGCUUUUUAGAACAAACUCCACCUAUAGAUGCCAACAUUGGAAAAGCUAGAAAUGGACUACAAGAAACUAGAAAAUACUUGAUCCUUGCAGCAAAUGAAAAAGAUAAACAAGCUUUGGUUGUAUUGGAUGCACAUUUACUACUUGGUAAAUUGCAUUAUGCAAUGGGGAUGUAUGAAGAAGCUCUUAAACAUUAUCAACAAGCUGAAUUACACACACUUACAGAAAAACCAUUACCUUGUAGAAGCCUACGUAUUAUUGCAGAAUCAUAUGCAAUUAAAGGUCUUUGUUUGGAAAAGUUACCACCAAAUUCUAAAUCAAAAUAUAAAAUAGCAGAAUGGCAAGAACAAAUCAUCAAAUGUUAUGAAAUUACUGGGGACCUGACAUUGGUGUAUUUACAAGAACAAGAAAAACUUGCAAUGCAACAUCAAAAUGGCACGUCUACCGUAAAUAGUAACAAUGCAGGUACAUAUUCCUCUCAGUCUUCGUAUUGUUCUACAAAACAUAUCGGGCCAAUUUUGGAAACUGCACUACAAAGGGCACCCAUAUUGUACAUUCAAACUGGUAAUAUUCAAGGUGCAAUAAACCGAUACAGGGAAAUUUUAUCUGCUGUGGAGUCUACAACUACUCAAAGUCUUAGAGUUACUUUAACAAGACAAUUGGCAGAAGUAUUAGUUCGAGGAAUUAGCGGUGCGGAAUAUAAAGCUCCAGAAGCACCAAGUGAUUCGACAGAUUCUCCUUGGAAGCCAAAGAAAUAUUUAGGUCCUAAUAUGUUUGUGCCAAGAAAUGAGUAUGAAGAAACAAUUCUGUUAUUAUUAAUAAGUGAAGCUAUGGCAGUUAGAGAUGCUGUCCUUAGUCAAUCUCCAGAAUUUAAAGAUGCAAGAAUACAUGCUUUUGAAAAUGCCACUGCAGUAUAUGAUCUCCUCACAGUAGUCGUUGUAAGAUGGAGUCAAGUAGAUUUGCUAUAUGAGUCAUUUGAAAGGGCAAUGAAAUUUUCUCAUGAGGAAGCCCAUGUAUGGACUCAAUGUGCAUUAUGUUUAAUUAGUAUGGGGAGAUAUAUGCAUGCAUAUAGGGUUUUGAAAGUAGUAGCAAGAUUAUCACCACAGAAGGUAAUGCCUUGUCUUUUAGCUGCAAGGUUGUGCUAUGAACAAUUAAAUAUGAUAAAAGAAGGUAUUGAAUGGAGUCAAAAAGCACUUCAAAGAGAAACAUCAAAUUCUCAAGGAAUGCAAUCAAGAUGUCAUCUCUAUAUUGGUAUUGGUCAUAGUAUUCUUGCUACAAACACUAUAGUAAAAAUGGAUAAAACCUACCAUACCAAAACAGCUUUAGAAUGUUUUCAAAAGGCGCAACAGUGUGAUCCAAAUGAUCAUUUAGCUGAAUACUAUUUAGCACACGAAUAUGCAAUUAACAGACAAAUUAACGACGCAAUGGUUCAUGUAAAAAUUGCGUUAAAUCUUCGGGCAGAACACAUUCCAUCCUUGCAUUUAUUGAUAUUACUGCUGUCUGCACAUAAGCAAUAUUCAGAAGCAUUACAUCUAAUAAACAGUGUAUUAGAAGAAUAUCCAGAUAAUUUAAAUUUUCUUUAUGUAAAAGCACAUCUCGAAUUACAAAGUAUCGGUGGUGAACAAGCAUUGUUCACCAUAAGACAUAUGCUUUUACUUUGGAAAAAUUUGUAUGAAGAUCAAACUAACGCUAAUUGUAAUGAACAGCACAGUGAGAAACGCAGUGAAACAAGAAGUGUUUUUCAACUGUAUGCUUCUGAAAUGUCUGAUAAAGACUCUAGUUCUGUACAUGCACAAUCAUUGGCUGCUUCAAGAGUAGAACAAGCGUUAUCUGAAGUUGCAUCAUCACUUAGCUCUUUUACCCCAAAGCCUGGACCACAAAGAGCAUGGCUAUUACAAUUACAAGUUUGGUUACUACUUACCGAAGUAUACCUAGUUUUAGAUCAGCCAAAUGGUGCUGUUCUUUCCUUGCAAGAAGCCACGAAUAUUUUUCCACUAAGUCACCAUAUUAUGUAUACACGGGGUCUUCUUCAUGAAUAUAAAUUGGAAUAUAUGGAAGCAAAGCAAUGUUAUCAGAAUGCAGUUUCAAUUAAUCCAUCACAUAUCAAAAGUUUACAACAUUUGGGAUUAAUUUAUCACUAUUUGGGAAGUCAAAGGUUAGCUGAAAAAACUUUACGGGAUGCUGCAAAAAUUGACCCAAAUUCUCAUCAAACAUGGUAUAAUUUGGGAAAAGUGUUGGAAUCCUUAGGUGAAGUAGAAGCAGCAAGUGAUUGUAUGGCAACAGCAUUGGAAGUGGAAACCACAAAUCCAAUAUUACCAAUUCUCUCGAUUCCAGUUACAUUUGAAUGAUUUAAAAUUUUAAUUGUUUAAAUAUAAUUAAGGACAAAUCACAGUUUAUUGUGCAACAUUGGCAUUUGUUUGCUCCUGUGGCAAUAGUACCUGCUUAUCUCUAAACUGUUGCAUUAUUGUACAAAUAAAUGAAUUCUUUAAAAAGUAUUAGAAUUAUGCAAA